GUCUACUGUUUAUUCAUUUCCAGAGAUGCUGCCUGACCUGCUGAGUUCCUGCAGCGUUUUGGUCUGUUCACUUCACUGAUGCCACAGGGUCCCCUGAAUCCCUCCAGCAUCUAGUUUGCUGCUCCUAAUUGUCCCGCAUCUGCGGUCUAUUACGUGCCCCAAAAUUGUAGGAACUGGAGAGAGAAAAAUUAUUUAAAAAAAAUCAGGAAGUACUUAUGUGGAUGGAGGUACAGCGCUACUGUUCCAGGUUGCUGACCCAGCUUUCCUGUCUGAAAUAAAUGUUUAAAUGGGCUGUAAAGCUUCUAGUGGCGUCCUGGGUGCAAAAAGCGCGGUUGGAAUUCAAGGAUUUCCAUAAUGAAGACCCUCCCUGCUAUCCUCGCAGAUCUGAUCGGAUCUGCGCCGAGAGAGGGCAACUGAGAUCUUAUCGCGUUGGCAGUAAAGCAUCCGAAGAAUUCCUUUAGAUUGACAAAAAGGCUUUGAUUUCGGCGAAUUUUCUCGUCUCCAAUUCUUCCCCAGGCAGUUGAAUUUCACUUCAGGCUCCUCCUUCGCGAAGGCCCAACCCUUCCCCAAAAUUUAAAUGAUCUGUGCCACGGGAAGGAAGAUUCACUUGCGCUGGAACAACUGACUCAGAAAGUCCAAAUAAGUUUCUCGUUCCUCUGGAGAGUAACUGCGAAGUUAACUUGUAGACAUUAUUCCUUUGAGAGAGACGAAAAGGACCCUCUGGAACAGCAGAAUGAAGAACACCCUAAUGCGCUGGAAACUGCCCGUCGUUUGUUUUACUUGGCAGUUGGCGAUGAUUAUUCUCUUCGGAGUUUUCAUCAGAUAUAAUGAAGAAUCAGAUGCUCACUGGAUCAAAACCAAGAUAGCUCAUAACAUCAGCAGCGACUUGGAGAACGAUUUCUACUUCAGGUAUCCCAGCUUUCAAGACGUUCAUGUGAUGGUUUUCGUGGGAUUUGGAUUUCUGAUGACGUUCCUGAAGAGAUACGGAUUUGGCAGUGUCGGAUUCAACUUCCUUAUAGCGUCUUUCAGUAUCCAAUGGGCUCUGCUGAUGCAAGGAUGGUUUCAUUCCCUGGAUUACAGCGAUGGAAAGAUCAAAAUCGGAGUGGAAAGCCUGAUAAAUGCCGAUUUCUGUGCUGCUUCGGUGCUGAUCUCAUUUGGAGCCGUUCUUGGAAAAGUUAGUCCAGUGCAGUUGCUGAUCAUGGCGUUGGUUGAAGUGACCCUCUAUGCAGUCAAUGAAUACAUCAUACUGAGCCUUCUCGGGGCCCGGGAUGCUGGAGGCUCGAUGGUUAUCCAUAUGUUUGGUGGCUAUUUUGGACUCGCUGUCACUCGUAUCCUGUACAGGGCGAAGUUGGACCAAACCAAGAACGGGUCCGUCUACCAUUCCGAUCUCUUCUCCAUGAUUGGCACCCUGUACCUCUGGAUGUUUUGGCCCAGCUUCAACUCUGCGAUUUCUAACCACGGCGACGGCCAGCACCGCGCAGCCAUCAACACGUACGCCUCACUGGCUGCCUGCGUGCUCACCACCAUCGCCAUCUCCAGCAUCUUGGAGAAGAAAGGAAAGAUCGAUAUGGUUCACGUUCAGAACGCCACGCUGGCUGGGGGCGUGGCGCUGGGCACAGCCGCUGAGAUGAUGCUCAGCGUCUACGGAGCGCUGAUAGUCGGUUCCCUGACCGGAGUCAUAUCAACACUGGGAUUCAUCUACCUCUCGCCAUUCAUGGAGAGGUACCUCCUUAUCCAAGACACCUGUGGCGUCCAUAACCUGCAUGCGAUCCCCGGGUUGAUCGGAGCCAUUGUGGGGGCAAUCACUGCGGCUGCUGCGACCGAGGAAGUCUACACCAAGGAAGGGCUGAUCGCUGCUUUCGCCUUCGAGGGUAGGUUCGAAGGGAGGAUCCCAACUGUCCAAGGGGGGUUUCAGGCUGCGGCCUUCUGCGUCACUCUGGCCAUCAGCCUGACGGGCGGAAUCAUUGUCGGUUUUAUUCUGAAAUUGCCCCUCUGGGGAGACCCGUCAGAUGAAAACUGCUUUGACGAUGAAGUUUACUGGGAGGUGCCAGAAGAUGAAGCUCUCCUCAGCGUUCAAUCCACGAACACCCCAGCCUUAAAAGCAAAUUCUAAUGGAGACAGCCAAUAAUGGAAGCAGAUGAUCGUGCGUUGUGAUUGACAUUUUGUUCAACACUUCUGUGUUCUCUGCGGUACAAGUGAGAGCAGUGAACUUACCCUAAACUGCUUCAACUUACAAGUGAACUCUACGGAAAGGCUACUGGUGCCGAAAUACCUCCAGACCUCUCUCUCCACCAGAGACUGGACGCUCUCCAUCCCUUCAGCCUCGGCUACUGGCAACAUUUUCAAUUACUCAACGGCUUUUGCCUUUCUUUCAGUGGUUUGCUGACACUCCAUUCAUAGAUGGGGCUCCCACUGCCACCCCAGAUCCCCUGCCUCUUCCUCCCCCUCCAAACCCCGAGUGCUGUCUCCCUCAAUUUGCCUUUGCCUCUGCUGAAGGUGCGGGGAUGAGGUUGUCCUGACAAAAGAAUGUAUUUGCUGUAAAUUUAUAUAGAUCCUCUCAUGGGCUCCAGAAGCCCCAGUGGGCCUAGCAACCAAUUGUUUUUGCAGCUGGCCCAGUUGACAACAGGACUGAACCUGAUCGAAUUCUGCUUCUCAAGGCUGCGUCAGGGAAAGGGAAGGAGAUCCCAGCUAUUACAUGGGUCUCUCGCUGGUAGUCACUCCCCCUCUCACCUUCUCACGCUCAAAGGCUCCUCUGCUGUGUCCACAUGGGUGGGUUUGGGCAGUGGCCGAUCCCUGCUGCAAAGUCAAUUCUGGAGGCUGAAGAGGGCUGCUUUAAAUCUCCCCCCCCCCCCCCCCCCCACACCUUACCUUGUAUUUCUGCCCUCUAGCUUAGGAUUCACCGGGGAAAGGACUAUGACCGUUCACUUUAUUCGUACCCCUCACGAUAUCACAAAAUCCAAGAGGUCACCCCUCAUUCUCCCGCACUCCAGGGAAUAAAGAUCCAUCGGGGCCAGCCAGUCCCUGCACCUCAGCCCUCUAGUCUGGGAGCAUCUGCGUGAAUCUCUUCAGCACCCUCUCAAACUUCACAGUGUUUUUCCUCUAACAGGGUGGGCAAAACUGUACACAUUACUCCAAGUGUGACAUCACCAAUAACAUACACAACUGCAACAUAGUGUCCCUACUCCAAAAGUCCACGCCCUGCAUGGAUUAUCCAGGUCCACACUACCAACUUUCGUACUUUAGCUGCUAAUUUAGGAUACUAUAUUCUUGUGAGAUCUUAUGUGCUGCUAAAGUAACUUCUGAACAAUGCACAAUAUGAUUUUAGAAAAUGAAAUAGGCUGACGAUGGUUUAAUUAGAUAUCUCAUCUUUCCUUCAAAUGCCGAAGGAAGCCAUUCUGUCCAUCGCAUCCAUACUGGUCCUCCAAGCAACCCCAUCAAUCCCAUUCCACCACUGAUUUUUCACUGCUGAUUGCUGGGGCAGAUUUCGUUUCUGGAGAGUUGUGAGCACUGUCUGACUGCCUUGCCUUCGGCCCCAAACUUCCAACUGCAAUAUCCUCAGUAGAAAACCAAGCUCAAAUCAGCCGUCCCAGCACAUCCAGGAACUAGUUUGCCACCAUGGAAUGAGGCUCAGUAGAGUUUGUAUUAGAAUAAUUAUUUAUAUUUUCCAUCCUUCACAUAUGAAAGGUAAUAACCAAAGAUAUUUCCCUCUGACUCAGGGGUUGAGAACUUCUGUUCUAACCCCUGUGGAAAAAGUAACAUUGUUGGUUGACUUUUAAAAUUUGAAAUCUAUGUAAAUUUUUAAAGUCUGCUUCUGACCUUAAACCCACCUUGUUGAAACUAUUUUUGAAUUGUAUGUUUUAAAAGGAUGUUCCUAGAGGUUGUUCAAAUGAAAUGCUUUAGUAAACGUUUUAUUUCAUUGUGUAAUGCACACAAAGCUCUGGAGGAACUCAGCAGGUCAGGCAGCAUCUGUGGAGGUGAAUAGGCAGUCAACGAUUUGGGCUGAAACCCCCUAUCAGGACCAGAAAGGACUAGGAUCCUGGCUUCGGCCCCUUUGCAGUCCUGAAGCAGGGUCUCAGCCCAAAACGUUGACUGCGUAUUCCCCUCCAUGGAUGCUGACUGAUCUGCUGAGUUCCUCCAGCACCUAGUGUGUGUUACUCAAGAUUUCCAGCAUCACCACAAUUACUUGUGUUUUGUUUUUAAAAUUUAAAUUUAUACCUUCACUUUAACUUUUAAUUUCACUUCUGAGUUACAUUUAAUGUUGAAAUAAAACUUUCCUUCCUCAGAGAUUCUGAAUGUCUCCAGGGGACAACAUUGGUGAAGUGUGAAAGGAUCCAUUGUUAAAAUAUAGUUAAAAAUUUCAUGAAGGAAUUUAGGGUGGAAAGCUCGGUAUGUGGACAGAUGGGAAGUUGGGUUGUUCCUGGAGUGGAGCAGGUUGCAAGGAGAUCAGACAGAAGUACUUAACAUUGUGAAGGAAAUGGGGAGGCGAUAGAGAUGAUGACUGUACAGUGGAGGAGACCAGACUGAAUGGUAUUAACAAACAGGACACACACACACACACACACACACACACACACACACACACACACACACACACACACACACACACACACACACACACACACACACACACACACACACACACACACACACACACA